AUGAGCUUCGAAGUGGAUCGGUACUCGUCUGCGUGGGCACAUAUCGCCCUUUGUGCGGAUCUCACAUGGGCUACGGAACCUCCCGAUGAAUUCAUUAUAGCUAAUCAGCGUCUCUGGGCACAGCAUUGUCGUGUCUCUCAUGUUCUGCAAGACACAUCAUUGGAAUCACAAAGUUUGCAAACAAAUAAUCAAUGCGAAUUAACAGAUAAUAAACGUGCAAUAUCAAGCCAAAGCCAAGAAAAUGGCAGCAGUAGUGGCAGACGGAGUGUGAAAGACGUCAUACCAGAGUCCAGAUUGGCACAAUUCUAUGGCAAUUUCUAUUACGACGAAGUCAGAGAAAAAUGUUACACAAGUACGAAUGAACGGACUAACUUGCGAGGGUACAACGGCCAGGGCUGCGAAAAUUCAGACCUGACGGAAUGCUGGAUGCUGCCUGAGGUGGAGUACUGGUUUCGCAAGUUAGUAGACGAGUCAGCUGAGCGCAGCAUGUUCCCGCGACGGCGCCGACAGUACAAGAUGCUGCCCGACGAGGAUUUAGGAAUUAAUUGGCACCGAUCGGCAGCUAGCGAGCGCUGGGGCCCGAGUGGGGCGCGAGCCGCAGGCGAAGAAGCGGCGUUGGCGGCGCGAGUGCUCAGCGUGCGGGCACUGUGGGCCCCCACGCAGGCGCCCCGGGGCCCCGCGCACUCCAGCCACGCGCCCCGCGCCCCCAGCCCCCCUGCCGUGUCGCGGAAGAUGCGGGCGAGACGUCGCCAGCCGAGGCGGCUGACGGCCCUCGCGCCACCACCACCGGCGUACUGCCUCGACGUACCUGCACAACUCUUCUGCGACCCUUCGUGCAAAUAUCAGUUCCAGUUCGACCCGCCGCGGCCUCCGCAGCUGACGGAAUGCCAGCGCGCCAUGGGGCGGCUGUCAGCGAGCGUGCAGGCCGUGAUGCGCGCGUCCGCAGCGCGGUGUCCGCCGUACCGCGGCACCAACGUGAGCCGGUACGCGCCCACCGGCCAGCGACCCGCGCGCUGUCCGGACCGACGCUACGGCGUGUGGUGGCCGCGGGACCAUCCCUCCCCGCGCCUCGACCACAGGUUCCACCUCACGCACGUGCAACAAGCACCCGCGCCAACUGGGCCAAAGACAUCCGCCCGGACAGAAUCAGAAGAAGACAAAAAGGAAGAACUUCCCGAUGAAAAGGAAAGCACUAGCAGCACCAACGAACAAGCUGUGGUUCCUGACACCGAACCGCAGAGCUCGCAAGAUGAUAAGCCAGAGAGUCCAAAUACACAAGACAAAAUCGUGGCUGAUGGUCAGCUUCCGUCCACCAGCGCAGCCGCCAUGGACAACGGGUUGAGGAAGAAGCGCCUGUACAGUACGGUGCUCAGCAUGAGCGCGCCCGCGCCUAUCGGACUCACUCCAGUCGUAAGACUAGCGCAGAAAUUGGGGACACCUGGCCUCCUGAAACUGAACCCAAAAAUGGUACUCCCUGGAUCAAGAGUCCGGCCACCAACAGUCGAUCAUAAAUUCGAGGAAUUAGAGAAAGAAGCUUUAGAACAGUACAAAGCGUCAGAUGAGAGUAUAGACACCAAGUUUCGGGAGUUGGAAAAGCAGGCUGUGGAGCAGUACAGCACCAGCAAUAGUAACACAAGUUGCAGCAGCGGGAACUCGGCAGAGAAGCGAGCCUCCAGCUCGCCCUCCGAGACCGAUACGAAAAGUAAACAGCCGGCAAAAUUUCAUAAAGAGAAACCGGUAGACAGCGUCGUUAUAUACUCCCAGAAUUUUCCAGACUUGAAUUCCAAGGGGCAGACGUCCAGUGUAAUGAAUUUAAAAAACUUCCACACCCCCCCGAGGGGGGAAAAAAAGGAACAAACCCAUAGACCGAGUAAGAACUUACGGAGUUUAAAAAGCGAGUCCCAGCGCGCAGCCUCCGACACAGACUACGAUGCACGGGAGAGCUUGAAGGGCAACCACAAAGGGCCCGUGCGGUGGACGCUGCACGUCAUGCCUCCCAAGAAGCGGCACCUCACGCUGUGCGUGUCCGACUUCUCGUCAGACGAGGACAUAGAUGACGGCAGCGUGUCGAUGAAGGACGCCGGGCCCUGCAUCAAGAACCACGUGGCGGGCAAGGUGAAGAUGUCCGCGCACGGAGGCGGCGACCUGCACCCCAUCAUGAGGAAAACGUAG